UCCUUUCCCCUGAUUGGUUGUUAGCUGUGAAGAAGAAGGUGGGAGUAAGUUGCAGAAGGGGGAGAAAGUGAACAUGGAUGACGGUUGAAAGACACAGAAGGGGCUUAUUUCUGUUUGAUGGAUUUUAGCAGAGGAUUUUCCUUAUCGGACUGAUGGAUGUUGGAUUUUCCAGAAGAUUGGUGUAAAGAGCUGAAGUACCCAAAGGAUCUUCCACAGAUUUCUAUUAUAUUUAUCUUUGUGAAUGAGGCAUUGUCGGUUAUUCUGCGUUCUGUUCACAGCGCAGUGAAUCAUACUCCUGCUCACCUCUUGAAAGAAAUCAUUCUUGUAGACGACAACAGUGACGAAGAGGAACUCAAGGCACCGCUGGAGGAGUAUGUCAGCAAGCGAUACCCUGACCUUGUGAAGGUGGUGCGCAACCGAAAAAGAGAAGGCCUGAUCCGAGCGCGCAUUGAAGGGUGGAAAGUUGCAUCUGGUCAGAUCACCGGCUUCUUCGAUGCACACGUGGAGUUCACCGCAGGCUGGGCUGAGCCUGUUCUCUCACGAAUCCAGGAAAACCGGAAAAGGGUCAUCCUUCCUUCCAUUGACAAUAUCAAGCAAGACACCUUUGAGGUUCAGCGCUAUGAAAAUUCAGCCCACGGAUACAGCUGGGAGCUCUGGUGCAUGUAUAUAAGCCCGCCCAAAGACUGGUGGGAUGCCGGAGACCCUUCCUUGCCAAUCAGGACUCCAGCUAUGAUAGGCUGUUCUUUUGUGGUGAACAGGAAGUUCUUUGGAGAAAUUGGCCUCCUUGAUCCUGGAAUGGAUGUUUAUGGUGGAGAAAAUAUAGAGCUUGGAAUCAAGGUGUGGCUCUGUGGUGGUAGCAUGGAGGUGCUUCCCUGCUCUCGAGUAGCCCAUAUUGAGCGUAAGAAGAAACCAUACAACAAUAACAUUGGCUUCUAUACAAAGAGAAAUGCCUUGCGGGUAGCGGAGGUAUGGAUGGAUGAUUACAAGUCUCAUGUGUACAUCGCAUGGAAUUUGCCUUUGGAGAAUCCAGGCAUUGAUAUUGGGGAUGUUUCAGAGCGGAAAGCACUGAGGAAAAAUCUGAGGUGUAAGAACUUUCAGUGGUACUUGGACCAUGUCUACCCAGAAAUGAGAAGAUACAAUAAUACCCUUGCAUAUGGGGAGCUGCGCAACAGCAAAGUGAAAGACGUCUGCCUAGAUCAAGGACCACAGGAAAACCACACCGCAAUUCUGUAUCCUUGCCAUGGCUGGGGACCACAGCUCACGCGUUACACUAAAGAAGGGUUUCUUCAUUUGGGUGCUCUGGGAACCACAAGGCUCUUGCCGGAUACUCGCUGCUUGGUGGAUAACAUGAAAAGCAAAUCCCCUCAGCUCCUUGACUGUGACAAAGUUAAAAACAGCCUCCAAAAGCGCUGGAAUUUUGUGCAGCACGGUGCAAUCCUAAACAAGGGAACAGGACGCUGUUUGGAAGUUGAGAAUAGGGGCCUGACGGGUGUGGAUCUUAUUCUUCGGAGCUGUACCGGGCAAAAAUGGACAAUUAAAAAUGUUAUCAAGUAGGACCCUCCUUCUCGUUUUGCUCUCUAUGGAAUAGAAAGCCUCAUCAUGUUUCCUAAUAUCAGGGAAGACUCGCUAAGAAGGCAAUAGGUCAUUGCGUUGAAAUGAUUCUUUGGUAAUAGGAGGGGAAUGCCUGCAGGGAACCAAGUCACCAUCUGCUGUUGCUAUCAAGCUCCAUAUGUGAGGCAUUUCUGAAGAAUUUAAGAUACGCUGGCCAACGUUUCUGAAAGAGACAAUCCUUUUCCAAAAUAUGGGAUUAAUUUAAUUUUUUUUUAAUUCUUUAAAAGAAAUCUGGAACACAAAACUGAGGUAUCAGUUACAGAGCACAACUCUCUCUCCUGCAGGGAUAACGAUGAAUUCUUGUCUACUCACUUUCCAUCGAACGGGGGCCCUGGUAAAACCUGGACCAAGAAGGUUUCCGUGUUGCACAGCCAUGACACUUGCUGUGUAAAAACUCAGUGUGGGAAGUCAUCAAAAUGAGUUCUGGGUUUCUGGACUUGAAGCCGGUCAUAAAUUCCUUAAAUGUGAACUAUUUCUGUGCAACAAGGGAAAGACUUUCCUUGGAAACCUGCCCUAGGCUUUUGAUACUUGAGAAUAUUCUGGUUGUGGGGGGAAAACCCAAGUGAACUGAAGGGGAAGAUGCAUGCAUGCUUCCGUCUAAGUAAUAAAUGCACUUCAAGAGUAGGGCAAAACAGGUAGCAAAUACCUGCUCAGCCAUGAACUCACUGGGAAAGUGAGGCAAUAAUAUGACCCCUUCUCAAAAUGUUUCACAUGUUUGAAAACCAUUAAAAGGUUGCUGCAGGUCGGAAGCGGCUUGAUGGUGCACGAUGCACACAGGUGUGGGUUGGAAAAAAGACUAUUUUAAAACACAACAAGAAGCAACGAUGGGCAUUGCUUUAAAAUGUUUCAGAUAUGGGCUUAAAAGAUGUUUCGUGUACAAACACUACAUGGGAAAGUAUACAUUUUAGGGAUCAAAUCAGCGGAUGACACAAUACCUUCUGGAAGAUGGUUCUGUUUUGGAUUUGGUCUUGGGCGUUGUUGGCCCAAUUCUGCUUCCUAGCAAAAUGUUGAGGGGAAACUGCUGGUGGGGACACUGAAGUGUCUUUCAAUUACAAUGUGUAGGGUUUUGCUUGAAUUGAACAACCCGGUCUAUUUUUUUAGUUCACUUUUUUACAUUUUUUCUGCUACAGGAAACAAUUUUAUGAAAGUGUGUUUAAUGUUUUAUGGAUGAAGUCGAUUGGGUAUUGCACCAAAGAAUCAUGUAUAUGAGUCCUUUUAUUUUAUUUUUUUAUUGUAAGAAGAAUUAACAGAGCAGAAUCUUUGCACUCGGUAAACCUAAAAUGUAAGGAAUACCAAAAUGCAAUGUGUGCCCAUUUGAAAGCAGUCUUUAAAAGUAGUUGCUGAGUAGAACCUAUGGCCCUUUAGCUCUUGUUCACAGGUAAACAUUUCAAUCAGAUUCAACAUUAAUUAACAUGCAUGGUGGACUUUGAAAAGACCAAAGGGUUCCUACCUCUUUUGGGCACACUUCUGUAAAUUUUCUGGGAUUCCCUUGGUAUUUAAAGUUGGAACUGUUGCAGAAAAGUCAGUGAAGAAAUAAGACCUUUGGUCCUUUUAAAAUAAGUAUUUUGGUUUUGGCUGAUAGCGCUGGAGGGAGAUCAGGGCUUUGGCUUCUGCUCGUUUAAUUAUACACAUUAUUUGACAGAGGAGCUUUGUGCUCUUUUUUGACUACCUGAACACAUGUUAUCUUUCCAGCAUUGCUUUCCUGUGAUACUUCAACUUCCUUUUGAUGAUUUGUUGCAAAUUCGCUGUGUUUCUUAAUUUACAGGAUAGUCCCACUGCCAUUUCCAAAUGUAAAUGCCCCACGGUGGUGUGAUAGAUUCGGACUGGAGAGAAUUGGGUUUGAAUCCCCUCUGGUUUAGCACUGCAACUCACUAGGAGGGAUAAAGCUUCCUCAUAAUACCUCUUUUAAUACCCUGUUUCCCCAAAAAUAAGACCUAACCUGAAAAUUAAGCCCUAGUAUGAUUUUUCAGCAUGCUCGU